CUCGGCUGGUGUACCGUGGGCGUCCUUUCUCCACCAUUCCCGGAACCUCGCGAUGCUGCUGCGAACGCUUCAGCGCGCCUCGACCGUGCGUCUGGCGUCUACUGCACCGCUGCGCCCGAGCCUCGCCAGCGCGCAGACGACCGUGCGCUACAUCUUCUCGUCGUCGGCGACGAAGAAGGACCCGUACAACCUGCUCAACGUGCCUCGGACCGCGACGGCCAAGGACAUCAAGCUCGCCUACUUUCGCGAAGCUAAAAAGUGCCAUCCCGAUCUCAACCCAAACGACAAGCAAGCGGCCAACAAGUUUCGCGGCCUCACUGAAGCGUACGAGAUCCUGAGCGACCCGACACGGCGCGCCGAGCUCGACAGCGCCGGCAGUUCGUCGCGCUUUUGGCAGCAGACGUCGUCGCCGCCGCCACCGCACCAUGAAGAAGAGGUCUUUAGCUCCGUGCUGGGCGAUGCGACGAUCGUCAAGGACGCAUUCCAGCUGUAUGUGCGUGAUCUCCACGGCGAGUUUGUGUUUGCGCGCGAGUCGGCGGCGCGCGGCGAGUGGCGCAACGUGUGGCAGGUAGUCGUCGAGCGCAAGGGCCUCGUCUUUGGCGUGCUCAUGCCCAUUGCGCUCUUCGUGCGCUUCCCGGCGGUCAUCCCGUGGAUCGGCCGCGGCCUCGUGCUCGGUGGCGAGCUCCUCAUAGGGGCACUCGCCUACUCGCCGGCGUUGCGGCGGGCUUCGGGCUGGCUCUGGCGGCGCAUCGUCCAGCUCUCGCGCGACCGCAAGGCGCGCAAGCCCACGCCGCGGCAGUCGCGCCGACGCAAAUCUUAGAUACUCGUAUUCCCAUGACUCUAUAUCGUAUACCAUUUUUCGCGUUUG